AUGAAGUAUACCGCCCAAUGGUGUCUCACACAAGGGGGUAGUGAAACCUUACCAAAUUUUGACGAGUGUUCUUCCGAAUGUGAGCCGAUAUACCCCGUACUCCAGGUCUCCUGGAUCACCACACCUGACUUGGAACAAUACGACUACUGCACCGUCAACGACAGUGCCUUCACCACUCACGCACAGCAGUGUGCAUCAUGUUUUCAGUCAGAAUCUGGCUCAGUGAUUUUGGGAAAUUUUCUGAGUACGAUGCGGUCAGCAUGUGACACCCAACCAGAUGCUACCAAAGGCGAGACGGUUCUUGUUUCGCGAGAUCUUUUCAGCACGUCGACGGUCGAUGCUUCAACGAGCACAACGGCCACUCCAUCAUCGUCGGCAGAGACGUCAGCUGAUUCCAGCUCACCCAAGUCAGAGAGCAGUGAUGGGCUUAGCUCCGGGGCUGCUGCUGGGAUUGGGGUCGCUUGUGGUCUUGCCGCCUUAUUUGUUGCUGCUGGAGCUAUGUGGUUUUUUGUCAGAAGGCGAAAGGCUCAGAAGUCUAGGGUUGCAUCAUACACACCGUACAACAGACAUCCGGAAGCUCUCGAGAAACGCUCAGGCGAAUCAUUGGCCCAUAGAUCAUCCGUCAUGGAGGCCCCUGCAAAUGAGCGGUAUGAGAUGGAUGGUCAACGUCACAGCUACAACAUGAUGGAAUUAGAUGGGAGACCCAUCCGAUAA